AUGGCUUGUUUAGUUCACCAUUCACGUUAUCGUUGUUUAUUUCAUGCUGUUGUUAAUGAACUUCGAAAUGAAAAACGUAUUCCUGUACCUAUACUACGAAACAUGGCCCAUCAGUGUUGUACAUGUAGCAAUCUUGACAAUCAAACACUAAUAAGUGUUGUUAUUGAUGAUAAAGAUAAAUUGAUCAAUUUACAGAAACUCAUUGAUCAAAUACAUCGAGAUAAAAAAGACAAUCCCAAAUUUAUAUUAUCAUUGAAUCUAUUAGAAAAUUUUAUUAAAGAAAAUCGAGUUUCAGAUUCCAAUUUAUUAUCAACAUCAACAAUUGAUACUGAAAUACCAAUAUUCUUAAAAAUAAAUAAACCACCAAAACCAUUUAAAAAUGGAAAAUUUCUAUUUUUACCGUAUAAAUUUGAAAUUAAACCAAGUAUCCACGUACCACUUGAAGCUAUAAAACAAUCACAACGUGGUCGAUUUAUUGGUCGGAAGGGUUAUAUUACAUCAUUAGAAGAGCAAUAUAAUGUUUGUAUUAGUAUGAUAACACCGAAAACAACUGCACAAGUGAUAAAAACACUUGAAAAUGCGAAAGCAGGAAAAGGAAGUGUAACAAUUCAUAAUCGAAUAGAUCUAUCGGAAGGAGAAGAUGGUGAAUGGAUAUUAGUUCGACCAAAGAAAAGUGAAAAGCAAGUAAAUACAAUUGAUUUUGCAGCAUUAUUAGAUGAACUAAUAAAUCGAUGGAAAAGUUCUGCAAUAAAAUAUGAGCAUAAAAAGGAAGUAGAAAAUGAAGAGUCUCAAAAUAAAAAAUAA